AUGUCCUCAAUUCAGCGAUUCUUUCAAACGCUGGGAGGUCUAUAUAUUUUAAAUAAAUUAAUUCCUACAUUUGGCAUAAUUUCUGGUAUAAUACUGAUAUACAUGCUAUUUACACCAUAUUAUUAUAUCACCUUGCUGUAUUUCGUCUUUAUGUACAUUGACCGAGACAGUCCAAACCGGGGUGGUCGUCCGUGUUAUUGGCUCAGGAAUGCAGUCUUAUUCAAACAUUUUGCCGAUUAUUUUCCCAUGAAGUUAAUUAAAACCCAUGACUUGGACCCUGGUCAAAAUUACAUGUUUGUUUGCCACCCGCACGGACUGAUGGCCCUAUCAUUUAUUGGCCACUUUCUCGUUCAACGGACCGGAUUUGCCACCAUUUUCAAGGGCCUCAACAGUCGAUUCGCUACAAUAGAUAUGCAAUUCCGGUUCCCUUUCCAUAGGGAAGUAGCAAUGAUGCUAGGUGCAAUCGCCGCGAGUAGGCGCAGCAUUGAAUGGUGUUUAAGAUCUCAUUCUCACCAAACGAGAGCACCGGUACCAGAGAUGUGCUGCCAUUAUGGCCGUAACGCUGACCACUCCAUACACCCGCUAAUCCUGAGCCGUACGUCUCCGCGGGAAAUGACGGGUCAGGAGCUGUCGGACGGGGAGCUAAUGAGCCUAUUCGAGGCGGCCAGAUGGGCACCCUCAUUCUACAAUCAGCAACCAUGGCGAUUCGCGUACGCCAAACGCAACACGGACAAUUACGCCAAGUUUGAGUCGCUGGUGUGGCCCCUGAACCUGCAGUGGUGUCGGGAGGCGUCGGCGCUGGUAGUGGUGGCCUCUCAUCGACUGUUUUACAGAAAGGGUGACAACACUAAAGAGUUGCCGAACCCGACCCAUAGCUUCGACGCCGGGGCCGCCUGUAUGGCGCUGGCGCUGGAGGCCAAUGCCGGCGAUUUGGUGGUACACUGUAUGGCCGGCUUUGACUACGAGAGGGCGUACGAAAUGUUUGCUGUUGAUAAGGAGCGCUACAACAUUGACUGUAUGAUAGCGAUUGGGCGCCGCCCGGAGCCCCACCGACGCCCCCCUCAGCCCCGCAUUUCAGCCCGAAAUCCCCUCAAAGUGUUUGUAUCGGAGGGCGGCUUCCGUAAAGGAUUUGUGUGUAUUUUAUACGCGUUUUGUGUGCUUUUUGUUUACCAUGUUUUGUGUCGACAAUUGGCCUGUAAUAAGGCGUCAGAAAAGACGGCCGACAGUAUGUUUGGCCAUAUGGUUGGCUACGGCAACAAUAGCAGGGGGUUCCCAGAGACCGAGGUGGAAAUGCACAAAUAUUGCAAUUCCCAAUUAUCGGACCUAAAAGUAUUGGAAAACUAUACAAAACGGUGCAAAAAGGGUUUACCGAAACAGUUUUUUGCAAUAAUGAUGUACACGACUAAAGCCAAUGUCAACCGUAUGUGCAAAAAGGGCUCGAGAAAGGGUCGCGAGUUUAUGUCGGGCGCCAAGUGUUUCAAUAAAGCGACGUUUGAGUUGGAAAAGUGUCACAUCGUUAUGAUUGACCACUUGUUGGGAGUUAUCAACGCUGACGACAAACUCAAGAUACCCUACACUUGU